CCUCCCUCGAGGCUUUUCUUCCGAGCCGCUCGGCCACGGUAGAGCUAGGUGUCCCGCCGUCGCCGCCGCUGUCGCCGCCGCCCCGCGACGCCCACUACCGCUCCUGGGCCUGCAGCCGCCGCUGCCGCCUGUGUCGCCGCCACGGGACUGGCUGUAUGAUUAGGCCACAAUUUUUCAUGAGUAAACAUAUUCCUUUCUGUGGUGUUCUUGGUCACGCAUUUAUGGAGUUUCUGAAGGGCCCUGGAGAUUACUGCCAGGCACAGCACGACCUUUAUGAGGACAAGUGAACUGUAGGAAGACAUUACCACUCCGGCAGGAAGCCCUAGUGGAAGCGAGUAACCUGGACACAGAAGUGCUGAAGUCAUCUGAGCAUUUUACAAGAGUUCUGACUGGAUGGGGUAAACCUCCGUGCACUUCCUUUCUAUUGACUCCGUUUUAAGGACUUGAAGAGCUGCUGUGGCUUGUUAGGAGGUUCCUUUCGUUUCCUGUCACUCCCAACUUCAUAUUCUGAGCGCUGAGAAUUUCAUCUGGAGUACGUUGGAGUAGACUUCAGUUUCCUGACACCAUUACUGUAUUCAAAAAAUUUUAAUUUUUUCCGUGACUUUUGAAAAACUAGAUUAACAUGGCUCCAAUGAAUCGCCCAGCUCCUGUGGAAGUCACAUACAGGAACAUGAGAUUUCUUAUUACACACAACCCAACCAGUGCAACCUUAAACAGAUUUAUAGAGGAACUUAAGAAAUACGGAGUUACAACAAUAGUGAGAGUGUGUGAAGCAACUUAUGACACUGCUCUUAUGGAGAAAGAAGGAAUCCAGGUUCUAGAUUGGCCUUUUGAUGAUGGUUCCUCACCAUCCAACCAGAUUGUUGAUGACUGGUUAAGUCUUGUAAACAUUAAAUUUCGUGAAGAACCUGGUUGUUGUAUUGCCGUUCACUGUGUUGCAGGUCUUGGGCGAACUCCAGUGCUUGUCGCCUUAGCAUUAAUUGAAAGUGGAAUGAAAAAUGAAGAUGCAGUACAGUUUAUAAGACAAAAGCGGCGCGGAGCUUUUAACAGCAAGCAACUUUUAUAUUUGGAGAAAUAUCGUUCUAAAAUGCGGCUGCGCUUCAAAGACUCCAAUGGUCACAGAAACAACUGUUGCGUUCAAUAAAACUUGGCUGGCUGAUGCCAUUGCCUUGAAAGUGAAGCUUGAGACAGGACUUAAUUUAUCGUACAUGUUAGUCAUCAUAUAGGCUUAGUGAAUAUAAGUCUAAUGAAGCUUCCAUAGGAAAAUUGAAAAGCCACAAGCUUGACAAAAUUGCAACCUCUGUUUUUCUUACUACUAUCCCAUGCCAGAAACAAUAUAUAAGAAAUUUAGUGAGAUAUGAGGUACCAAGAUACCCAGCACAAUACUUGUAUAUUUUUAGUUAUACAGAAUUAAAAUCCCAGGAACUCUAAGCACUCUAGACCUUAUGUGAUUUAUUCCUUCAGUUAUUUCAGCAUUGCAAGUAGGGUCUAUAUAGUUAUUUGCUUGCUUCUUUAUGCUUACCACCUCAUUGUGUAUGGGUAUACAUCAGAUUUGUGCAACAAUUGAUUUUGUUCAAUUAUUA